CCGCUGCCGCCGCCGCCACCGCCGCCGCCGCCGGAAGGAGCCGCCAUUUGCCACCGCCGAGCGCACGGGCCGAGCCCAGCCGGAUCCGGGAGUCGGAGCGGGACUGGGGCCGGGAGGACGGCGAUGGGGGGCGGCCCCGCCGCAGGAGGACCGGGGCGCGUAAGCCCCGGCGCCCGGCCGGCUCCGGACCCCGACCCGCGGGGCGCGGCACCCUGAGCCCCUUCCCCGCCCCCCUGCCCCAGCCCCUGCCCCUGCUCGGGCCAUGCCUGCCCACCCCGCCGUCCCCGGGCUGACGGCCCUCUCGGCCCCGCGAGCCCUGGAGCCCCGGCGCUGGUGGCAGCAGUGAACGGCGCCUGCAGGCCGCGGAGACCCCCCCCUCCUCGUCCCCGGCCCGGGUCCGGGUCCGGGCGCACCCGCACCCGCGCACCCGCGCGCGCCCCCUUCCCGGCCUUGCCCUCGCCCCUCCCCCCGGCGCCCGGGACCCCCCCCACCUCCCCACCACCACCCGGCGCCCGGACGAUGCUCAAGUCCCGGCUCCGCAUGUUCCUGAACGAGCUGAAGCUGCUGGUGCUGACGGGCGGGGGGCGGCCCCGGGCCGAGCCGCAGCCCCGGCGGGGCGGGGGAGGCGGCUGCGGCUGGGCGCCCUUCGCUGGCUGCUCCGCCCGGGACGGCGACGGCGACGAGGAGGAGUACUACGGGUCGGAGCCGCGGGCCCGGGGCCUGGCCGGCGACAAGGAACCGCGGGCCGGACCCCCGCCGCCGCCCGCGCCGCCGCCGCCGCCGCCCCCAGGCGCGCUGGACGCCCUGUCGCUCAGCAGCAGCCUGGACAGCGGGCUCCGAACCCCCCAGUGCAGGAUCUGCUUCCAAGGCCCCGAGCAGGGGGAGCUCCUGAGCCCUUGCCGCUGCGACGGCUCAGUGCGCUGUACACACCAGCCCUGCCUCAUCCGCUGGAUCAGUGAGAGGGGUUCCUGGAGCUGUGAACUCUGCUACUUCAAGUACCAGGUCCUGGCGAUCAGCACCAAGAACCCACUGCAGUGGCAGGCCAUCUCCCUGACUGUCAUCGAGAAGGUUCAGAUUGCAGCCAUUGUUCUGGGCUCCCUGUUCCUGGUUGCCAGCAUCUCCUGGCUCAUCUGGUCCUCACUCAGCCCUUCGGCCAAGUGGCAGCGCCAGGAUCUUCUCUUCCAGAUCUGCUACGGCAUGUACGGCUUCAUGGAUGUGGUCUGCAUAGGCCUCAUAGUUCACGAAGGCUCUUCUGUCUACCGCAUCUUCAAGCGCUGGCAGGCAGUGAACCAGCAGUGGAAGGUCCUGAAUUAUGAUAAGUCCAAGGACACAGGAGGAGAUGCAGGGGGAGGGACGGCCGGGAAGCCAGGCCCCAGGACCUCACGGACCAGCCCCCCUGCGGGGGCCCCCAGCCGGCCUCCAGCUGCCCAGCGCAUGCGGACGCUCUUGCCUCAGCGCUGUGGUUAUACAAUCCUGCAUCUCCUCGGACAGCUGCGGCCACCAGAUGCCCGUUCCAGCUCUCAUUCUGGUCGAGAGGUUGUCAUGAGGGUCACCACAGUCUGACCUGGACUCCAGGGGCAGGGAUCUCAAGUCAGAGCGUCAGCCGGAGGUGAGCGCUCCUGGCUGCUGGAGGUGACGGCCUAGACCAGGCGUUUGGGGCAUAGUGGCCCCACCACUGAGGAUCUCUGCGGACAGCCUCAAGCUUGGAGACAUUGUCUGGCCUCUACUGCCCACAGGGUAGAGACACCUGGAUGACAUUCCAGCUCCCACUGACACCACCUCAUACUCAUCUUGAGGAUGGCCAGCAGGCAGGCGGGGAGAACAGCUUGCCUUCUUGGAGAGAACCAUCUUUACCUCAGCUCUAGGGCCUCCAGUCCCCUGGCUCCACCAUGGUGACUUGGUAAAGGGAGACCAAUGCCAGAAAAACAGGGGCUGUAGACCCCCAUUCCCCACCCCAUGGCCACAGGGCAUCUGGCAAUAAGACUAGUAGACAUUGACCUCCCGUUCCCUGCAUGAGGGCGGGGGACUUCCCCCCUGCUCCACCCCCGUCGCAUGGGGGAGGGCAUAAAGAAUCAUUUAUAUGCACGUGGAGACUCCUUUCUCAUCUGGGGCUUCUCUGAAGGGCUGGAGGGCGUGGGGAGGUUUCCUCAGCACAGUGGCAGUGUAGCAGGCGUGUUUGGAGCUGGCGGAGGGGCUCCUGCUUGCUGGUGAAUAAUUCACAUUGGCUGCUAGGUGGCAGGGGACGGUGGACUUGCCCACCUGUGAGUUCUAUGAUUUAGAAAAAAAAAAUCUGAGUUUUUUUUUUUUUUUUUCCUGUCUACCUCAUAGACUUGGAAAGAGGAUAUUGAGGGACGGGUUAAAUGCUAUUACAAAGAAAAUUGGCCAUGGUAUAAAAAGAGUUCUGGACUAGGUGCUGGUCCACUUAUUUCAAGCAAUAGGUGGGAUAGCAGAUCCCAAAGUCUGGUUUUUUUUUUUUUUUAUCAGAAGUGGCACAGAACUUUUAGAGUUUUGAGUGACAAAAUAGAUACUGAAACAAAAGAGGAAAUAGAUACAGUAACUGUUCAGGACCCUGGCUAUUGUAGGAAUGAGAACACGUUUGACCCUCCAGACAUUGGACAUGGGGCGCGGGCUCUGGAGCCACUCAGCCUGCUCUGAGAACACCUGUGUUCUAUCAGCCCUUUCCCGGUACUAUGUGACCCCCCCCAAAAAAAAAAGAUGUUGUGCAAUGGACAUGGACUCAUUUCGAGUAACAGGGAGGGAAACUCCUCCCUCACUGUUGUAUCUUUAAUUGCAGUUGAAACUGUGGCGGCAGGUCAGGGUCACAGGUUUGAUCCAGGUGUGCCCAGCUAGUGGUAAUUCUGGAGGGUAGAAGCAUAGGAGAGCUGUUGUUUAUUAGAGAAACGGUUUGGGAAAUGUGGGUCCGAGGGCUGGGGGUGUGGGUCAGUGAUAAGAGUGCUUGCCUGGUGUGCAUGAGGGCCUGGGUUUAACUCCCAUACCACCAGAAAAAUGAUGUGGGUCAGCUUGAAGCUUGGUCCCUUUCUCCUGAAGCCCGGUGGCUGGGUAUUAUAUGAAUGAUGGUGUCUUUUAAGUGAACCAUUCAUGAGCAAUUAAACAAUUCCUUCAUACAUUGCUAAAGUCA